CCACCAAAUCUGACUUUAAGUAGCGACGAAUGGGUUGGCGCAUGGUGGCUUGGUUUUAUCAUUUGCGGCUUUCUGUAUCUGGCUGGGGCAGUUCCGCUUCUCUUUUUCCCCAAAUCAUUGCAGAAGCAACAACAGCACGGAACACACCAAAUCGAAAUGCAAAAUGGAUAUUCGCAUGACCACGAUGACCACCUAAUUGCCAGUCUCAACGGCGAACAGGUGCCGAAAACAACAUUCGGCAGACAACUAAAAGAAGCAACUGAAGAAUUUGCAAGGAUGGCAGCCGAACUGCUAAGGAACCCAGUGUACGCAUCAAUGGUCAUUGGUUGGAUGUUUGGAUCAUACCUGACUGGUGGUUACAGCACGUACUUGCCCAAAUAUAUCGAAACGCAGUUUGGUCGGAGCGCUUCUGCCGCCGAUAUGUACGCCGGAAUAGUCUCAAUUGGCAGUGUGGCAUUUAGCACAGCUCUCGGUGGAUACCUGCUCACCAAAUUUAAUCCAUCUCCGCGAAAAGCGCUGCUUCUUCUGAUUGUCAGUUGGUCAACUAUUGUGGUCACUUACUUGAUCGGAUUGCUGCCUGGUUGUGGCCAUCCAGCAUUCAAGCAGCCCAACACUUUUGCACAGUAA